CUGCCAACAGACAGGACAGAAGAAAUUAAAGUUGAAUACUCGGCGUUAGCGCCAAGCGCUUCUUGUGAGUAGCCUAACCUAUCUCGCCAACAACGUGGAUUUUUUUUCUGACCUUUCAAGGCUGCGUGGCUUUCUGACAAGUUGUGGUUUUCGUACGGAGUAUGUUUUUUGGUGCUUUUUGGUGCUUUUUGUUUUGUUUUGUUUUUUGUUUGUUUCUGUUCCGGCAGUGUGACGAAUCAAGAGGUGGUGUGUGCAAAUAACAUCUUCUAUCGUGGUCGUGCCAAGCAAUUAUUUUACCCCACGUCAUGUUUCGCGUGGAGUCCUUUAAUGGAGAUGGAACUGUUCAAGUACCAUCCGGCAAGGAAACACUGGCGAUUCUUAAGAGAAAUUCUAAACUUGAGUUUACAGUCGGUUACUUUUCCAAACCGGGGGAACUGUCAGUGGUCAAGAAAUUUCUCCUCCCCCGAAGACCCAGUCGAGAGAGGUUCGGGGAGAUCAGGAAGUUGAUGGAACGCUACAAGGACGAAGUGACGCUCCUAAACGAGCUCAAACACGACAACAUUAUCGUGAUGACGUCAACGUAUCAGUGCCUGGAUUAUCGUGCCCUCGUGUUGGAGUAUAUUCCACAUACCCUGCUCGACUGCAUCUCCGCGAGAAUCCCCUUUCAAGGAGUUCAGAACGUGAUCUACCACAUCUCGAAAGCGCUGUGUUUUCUCCAGACACGUCGAAUCGCUCACGGUGAUGUAAAACUCGAAAACGUUCGGGUAACAAAAGAGGGUGUGGGGAAGUUGUGUGAUUUCACGAGAGCACAGAAGAUUUCAGCGAUGACGUCGGUUAAGCCUCGGGUGUGGAGGGGAACAGAGGCAUACCUUGCGCCAGAGAUGAAGGACGAGUCUAUGCCGAGAGAUGCCUUCAAGAUGGACCACUACGCCUUCGGAGUGGUCAUGUGGUCUGCGUGUUACUUCAUCUUGCCAGCAGUAGGUCUGGAUUAUCUUGCUCACGUAGAAAAAUCUCCACAUCGUCUCAAUGAAUUCUCAAAGUAUAGCCUCAAACAUCUACUAUCGAAACACCCAGAACAGAGAACUGAUAUCAAUCAGAUUUGUGAGGCCCUCAAAAGGCAGAUUGAUGGACAGGGUCUUAAUGUUCAAUCUCUCGACUUUACCAAACCGGAGGGCGAGGAUGUCGUCGAUGGAGAUACAGAAAACUCGUCACACGGAGGUGAGAAACGUUCCACGUCUUUGCCCAGCAGUCAGCGUCGAGACCCAGAGCUUCAGAAAGACGGUCAGAGUCCACGGAGUGCGGAGAGGGCAGUAGCCACAGAUCGUUCGGCAUCUAUAGAACAUUCUCAGAGUUCGUUCACGGCACCGACAGAACAUUCCGAUAGUUUUUCGACAGUAGCCACAACAGAUUCUGAGAGUCUGGCCACGGUAGCUACAGAACAUUCUCAGAGUUUGUCGACAAUUUCUACAGAACCAUCUCAGAGUUUGUCAACGGUGCCCACAGAACAUUUUCAGAAUGUCUCCACGGUUUCCACAGAUUCUCAUUGUUUGUCGACGAUAUCUACAACAGACUCUCAGAGUUUGCCCAAAGUAUCCACAGAACAUUCUCAAAGUUCGUCGACAAUUUCCACUGAACCAUCUCAGAGUUUGUCCACGGUACCCACAGACCAUUCUCAGAGUUUAUCCACAGCUUCCACAACACAUUCUCAGAGUUUUUCAACGGUAUCUACAGAACAAUCUCCGGGUUUGUCCUCAGUAUCUACUACAGAUUCUCAGAGUUUAUCAACGGUACCAAUAGAACAUUCUGAGAGUUUGUCGACAGUACCAACAAAACAUUCUCAGAGUUUGUCAACAGUAGCCAAAGAGCUUUCCGAUAGUUUGCCCACGGUACCCACAGAACAUUCUCCGAUUCUGUCGACGGGAGCCACAGAACAGAGUUUGUCGACAGUACCCACAGAACAUUCUCAGAGUUUGUUAACAGUACCCACAACACAUUCUCAGAGUUUGUCGACAGUACCCACAGAACAUUCUCAGAGUUUGUCGACAGUACCCACAGAACAUUCAGAUUCCGAAAGUUUGUCGACGGAAGCCACAGAAAAUCCCAAUGGUUCGUCGACGGAAGCCACUUCCAAUUCUGAGAGUUUGUCCAGGGAAUCCACAGAACGUUCUCAAAGUUUGUGGAUGGUAUCGACUUUACAUUCUCCGGGUUUGAUCGUACCCAUAAAUCAUUCUCCGGGACGCUUGUCUGGGUCACCCAGGGCAAGUGGGGUCGGCGAAUCCACGUCUGCUCGCACACAAGGUCUUGCUUCUGCCUACGUCACGUUUGAGCCCAAGACGCCAAAUAUUGAUUACGUCAUUGGCGACGUUAUUGAGUCCCUAGCGACGACUCAGACGGAAGUCAUUAGACACGGUGAGGGAAGUAACCUUGUCACGGCAGUCAGUAAUGAAGAAGAGGAUCAGGCGGUCAUCGUGAAGAAGUAUUUUCAGUCCGGCAGCUCAUUCAUAGACUCUGCCAACGUGGCAAUCAAACUGACGCGUCGUUUUGAAAAGGAAGUCUCGUUGUUGAAGACGAUAGAUCACCCACGUAUAAUCCGCUUGAUAUCAGCACAUCAGUGCGACACGUAUUACGCAAUUAUAAUGGAGCACAUGGAUGGUACGCUGGAUCAAGGCAUCCCGUACGCUGACUAUAUCGCCGAGUCUCUCCUCUCGCAAAUAGCUGAGGCCAUCUGCUAUCUUCACGAACGGGGAAUUGUGCACGGGCAUAUAACGUUAGAACACAUCCUAGUUUCUAUCGAGUAUGACAUAGCUAAGUUGAGCGACUUAGAUUCCGCCCAGAUUGUUCGCAACCGCUCGAACAAACCUUCCUUUUGGCACGGGAGAGCACCGUACAUGGCUCCAGAAUUCUACGAUAGUUCCCAGCGGCUGGACGCCUUCAAGAUGGACAACUACGCCUUUGGUGUGGUUAUGUGGUCUCUGUGCUACAAUUCACUACCUUUCGAAGAGACAGACUACUCGUGUUAUGAACCGAGCAUUUCCUACCCGAUUGACAGAUAUUUUGAGAAAUGUCUCAGCAUGUUGCUUCCUAAACCCUGUGAAGAGCGGGCCUCCAUCUUUGAGAUUCGUGACCUCAUCGAAAAAGGAGGAUGACUUUUUUUUCGAGGAGGGUCUCAACAAUGAUAAAGACAAUAACAACGAUGAUGGCAACAUUCUACGUCUGUCUGCCUCCUCUGAUUCGUCGGGAAAAGAGGCCCGUUCUACAGGAGACACUGGCGAUUGGUAGCUCAACACAACGCCUGGAAAGUAAGUGCAAAGCGUGGGGAUGGCGAUAAUGCAAAAGAGUCGGCAGACGAGUCAUCUGAUGGAGUUUGCAAAGAUUCCAAAAAGUGUUAGAACGCAUCGAGGCCUCAAACCCCAACCCUCGAGCAGAAGUGGCGUCGGUGGCCAAGUGGUUAGGGUACCGGACUCGUAAUUGUGAGGUAGCGAGUUUGGGGGU